AUCCCCCUUGUCCACCUCCGAUUCAAUUCACUCUCCCCUACAUCGUCAUCCCCUUUACCGGUGAGAUCCAGAAGGGAGACCGGAUCACACCACAAUGGAAGCCCUCGCCGUGUCUCCCUGCUUCAGCCUCCGCCGCCCGGCCCCGACGUUCCCCUCCGCCGCCCUCUGCACCAGGAGGAGCGAGGCCUCCCUCCAUUACCCCUUGAACCGCCGCUCCUCCUCCUUGAAAUGCAGUGCCAUCUACCCUCCCUCCGCCGCCGCCCAAGCCGCCGACAAGGAGGAGGCGGAGAAGUUCGCUGAGGCGGCGAGCAAGGGGAACCUGGUUUCUCUUCACCGGUGCAUAUUUUCCGAUCACCUGACGCCUGUGCUCGCAUACCGCUGUCUGGUGAAAGAGGACGACCGGGAGUCGCCGAGCUUCCUUUUCGAGUCAGUAGAGCAAGGCUCGCGUGGGACCAACAUGGGCCGUUAUAGUGUGGUGGGAGCUCACCCGGCCAUGGAAGUCCUAGCAAAACAAAGCACGGUGACGGUGAUAGACCAUGAGGCAGGGAACAGAACGGAGGAAUUUGUGCCGGAUCCUAUGCAAAUCCCCAGGAAGAUCAUCGAGGGUUGGAAACCCCAGUUCAUCGAUGAGCUUCCUGACAUCUUCUGUGGUGGUUGGCUAGGUUAUUUUUCAUAUGACACUGUGCGAUAUGUGGAAACCAAAAAGCUUCCAUUCUCCAAUGCUCCUGAGGAUGACAGGAACUUGCCAGAUAUUCACCUGGGUCUCUACAAUGAUGUCAUAGUUUUUGAUCAUGUGGAGAAGAAAGCAUAUAUCAUCCAUUGGGUGCGAUUGGAUCAGUACUCCUCCAUUGAGAAAGCUUAUGAAGAUGGGAAGAAUUGUUUGGGCAUUUUGCUGUCUAGAGUACAGAAUGCUAAUGUACCAAAGCUCGCUCCUGGGUCUGUGAAUUUAUAUACUCGCCAAUUUGGAACUAAAUUAAAGAAAUCAUCUAUGACAAGUGAAGAAUACAAAGAGGCUGUUAUGCAGGCAAAAGAACAUAUACUUGCAGGAGAUAUUUUUCAGAUAGUCCUCAGCCAGCGUUUUGAGCGACGGACAUUUGCAAAUCCAUUUGAAGUGUAUCGAGCGCUAAGAAUUGUGAACCCAAGUCCACAUAUGGCUUAUUUACAAGCCAGAGGAUGUAUUAUUGUAGCAUCAAGCCCUCAAAUUCUUGCUAGAGUAAAAAAGAGGAAGAUUGUCAACCGACCACUUGCUGGCACUGCAAGAAGAGGCAAGACAGACAAGGAGGAUGAGUUGCUGGAACAGAUUUUACUGAAUGAUGAAAAGCAAUGUGCUGAACACAUCAUGCUAGUCGAUUUGGGGCGGAAUGAUGUUGGAAGGGUUUCAAAACCGGGUACAGUAGAAGUUGAAAAGUUCAUGAACAUUGAGAAGUACUCGCAUGUGAUGUACAUAAGUUCUACGGUGACUGGAGAGUUGUGUGAUCAUCUUAGUUGCUGGGAUGCUAUGCGUGCUGCGCUGCCAGUAGGAACAGUUAGUGGUGCACCAAAGGUCAGGGCCAUGGAGCUGAUUGAUCAGUUGGAGGUCAGGAGGCGAGGUCCCUAUAGUGGUGGUUUUGGUGGUGUGUCAUUUUCUGGUGACAUGGACGUUGCGGUUGCUCUACGAACUAUCGUCUUCCCAACUGGCAGCCGUUACAACACAAUGUAUUCGUACAGGGAAAUGGACAUGCGCCAGGAAUGGGUGGCGCACCUCCAGGCUGGAGCCGGCAUCGUGGCUGACAGCAUUCCGGAUGAUGAACAGCGAGAAUGUGAGAACAAGGCUGCUGCUCUUGCUAGAGCUAUUGAUCUUGCAGAAGCUGCUUUUGUGAACAAGAUAUAAGAUUCCGGAUAGGUUGGUGUCUUAUACCCGUGUCCAUCUUGACAUCUAUGCUGUGAAUUUAUCGUCAAAAAAGAAGAGGAAGGAGUAGCCAAAACGGUCAUAAGCCUCAAAAUAUUGAUUUCAAAUCAUAAUUGA